CUUGAUUUCCAGAGCUUGGUCUAGAAGCAGGGUAUAUGGAUGAAAAUUCUUGAGGGAGGGGUCCAGAACUCAGCUGCUAGGUUAAUAGCUGAUGGAAUUUGCACAAGAGCUGGGCAAAGGUGAAAGAACCAUGCCCUGCUCCGGAACCCUUAUCCCUUCUCUCCGCUUCGUUGACACCCCCACCCCCUCCCCACUGUGGCCAACUCACUCCACCCAAACUCUGACCUCUUACACUACUCAACUAGCCCUGGGGAGCCAAGACACAAGUCGGGACAGCAUGAGCCGAUCACCUCACCAUCCCAUUCCACUCCUGUCUGUGGGCUCCCAGGAUGCCCCUGCUCCCCUGCCACCUCUGUUGCCCCCUCUCCAGAAUCCCUCCUCCCACUCUUGGGCUUCUCGGUGUGGGCCUUCCACCUGGGGUCUCAGCUGCCUUCUGGCUCUACAGCAUUUCCUGGUCCUGGCAUCCCUGCUCUGCGCCUCCCACGUGCAGCUGCUUCGCAGUCUUCCCCCAGGAGGGCUCUCAUACUCGCCCGCUCAGCUCCUGGCUUCCAGUUUCUUUUCGUGUGGUGUGUCUACGGCCCUGCAAACUUGGAUGGGCAGCAGGCUGCCUCUCAUCCAGGCUCCAUCCUUAGAGUUUCUUAUCCCCGCUCUGGUGCUAACAAGCCAGAAGUUACCUUUGGCCACCAAGACACCUGGUAAUGGUGAGUACAGAGUAAAGGCAGCCUCCCUCUCACUGCGCCUAUGUACUGUGACAAGCUGCCAUGGCCUGGAGCUCUGGAACACUUCUCUCCGAGAGGUAUCUGGGGCAGUGGUGGUGUCUGGGCUGCUACAGGGCACCAUAGGACUUCUAGGGGUGCCUGGCCGUCUAUUUCCCUACUGUGGGCCACUGGUGCUGGCCCCCAGCCUGGUUGUGGCAGGGCUCUCUGUCCACAAGGAGGUGGCCCAGUUCUGUUCUGCACACUGGGGCCUGGCCUUGCUGCUCAUCCUGCUUAUGGUGGUCUGUUCUCAGCACCUGGGUUCCUGCCAGGUACCCCUUUGCUCCUGGAAGCCCAGUUCAGCUUCUCCAACCCGUGUGCAUAUUCCUGCCUUCCGACUCCUUUCGGUGCUCACGCCCAUGGCCUGUGUGUGGAUCAUCUCCACCUUUCUGGGUCAGAGUCUUAUCCCACUGCAGCUGUCUGACCCCACGGAGGCACCAUGGUUUUGGCUGCCUCACCCAGGUGAGUGGGAUUGGCCCUUGCUGACACCCAGGGCCCUGGCUGCAGGCAUCUCCAUGGCUUUGGCAGCCUCCACCAGCUCCCUGGGUUGCUAUGCCCUGUGUGGCCAGCUGCUACAUUUGUCUCCUCCACCACCACAUGCCUGCAGUCGAGGGCUGAGCCUGGAGGGGCUGGGCAGUGUGCUGGCAGGGCUACUAGGGAGCCCCCUGGGCAUUGCAUCCAGCUUCCCUAAUGUGGGCACAGUGAGUCUUUUCCAGACCAGUUCACGGCGAGUAGCCUACCUAGCAGGGCUGUUCUGCAUGGGGCUUGGCCUCUCCCCAAGGCUGGCUCAGCUGUUUACCAGCAUCCCACUGCCUGUGCUUGGUGGGGUCCUGGGAGUGACCCAGGCUGUAGUUCUGUCUGCUGGAUUCUCCAGCUUUCACCUGGCUGACAUUGACUCUGGGCGAAAUGUCUUCAUCGUGGGCUUCUCCAUCUUCAUGGCCUUGCUUCUGCCAAGGUGGCUCCGGGAAGCCCCAAUCCUGCUCAACACAGGCUGGAGCCCCUUGGAUAUGUUCCUGCGUUCUUUGCUGGCAGAACCCAUAUUCCUAGCUGGUCUUUUGGGCUUUCUUCUAGAAAACACUAUAUCUGGAACACGGACUGAGCGAGGCCUAGGCCAGGGCCUGCCAACUUCUUUCACUGCCCAAGAAACUCAAAUGCUUCCGAAGUCCACGAAGAAGAAUACUCAAGAGUAUGGACUUCCUUCACCCGUAAAAACCCUGUGCUCCUGCAUCCCGCAGCCUCUCCACUGCCUCUGCCCAAUGCCUGAGGACUCUGGGGAUGAGGAAGGAGGGCCUUCAAAAAUAGGAGAGACAGCCGAUUUACUGCCUAAUUCUGGGGAGUCAUGCCGUUCACCUAGCAGAGAAGGGUUUAGGGCUCAGUAAUUACUAAGACCAA